UGAAAUCCAGCCAGAGCCUGGGGUUCCUGGCAGACAGAAAGGAGAGGGUGAAGCAGACUCCAGUGGGGAGAGAGAGAAGCUGCUGGUUGGACCACAAUGAAAAUCCUCCUCCUGCUGCUGCUCGUGCUUCUCGACCUGGGACAGGCCCAAGGAGCCCUUCACAGGGUGGCCCUCAAGAGGCACCAGUCCCUCCGGAAGAAGCUGCGGGCCCGGGGCCAGCUCUCUGAGUUCUGGAAAUCCCAGAACUUGGACAUGAUCCAGUUCACCGAGUCCUGCACCAAGGACCAGGGCACCAACGAGCCCCUCAUCAACUACUUGGAUGUAGAAUACUUUGGCACUAUCUCCAUUGGCUCCCCACCACAGAACUUCACUGUUAUCUUUGACACUGGCUCCUCCAAUCUCUGGGUCCCCUCUGUGUACUGCACCAGCCCAGCCUGCAAGUCACACCCCGUGUUCCACCCUUCCCAGUCCAACACAUACAGUGAGCUGGGCACUUCUUUCUCCAUUCAGUAUGGGACCGGGAGCUUGUCUGGGAUCAUCGGAGCCGACCAAGUCACUGUAGGAGGACUGACUGUGAUUGGCCAGCAGUUUGGAGAAAGUGUCAAAGAGCCCGGCCAGACCUUUGUGAAUGCAGAGUUUGAUGGAAUCCUGGGUUUGGGAUACCCUUCCUUGGCUGCUGGAGGUGUGACUCCAGUAUUUGACAACAUGAUGGCCCAGAACCUAGUGGAUCUGCCCAUAUUUUCUGUCUACAUGAGCAGUGACCCACAAGGUGGCUCAAGUAGUGAGCUGACGUUCGGAGGCUAUGACAGCUCUCAUUUCUCCGGGAGCUUGAAUUGGGUCCCGGUCACCAAGCAAGCCUACUGGCAGAUUGCGCUGGAUAAAAUCCUGGUGGGAGACACUGUGACAUUCUGCUCUGAGGGCUGCCAGGCCAUUGUGGACACAGGGACUUCCCUCAUCACUGGCCCUUCCCACAAGAUCAAGCAGCUGCAGGAGGCCAUUGGGGCGGCGCCCAUGGAUGGAGAGUACACCGUGGAGUGUGCCAACCUCAAUGACAUGCCAGAUAUCACUUUCAUCAUCAACGGCGUCUCCUACACCCUCAGCCCAACUGCCUACACGCUGCUGGACUUUGUGGAUGGAAUGAAGUUGUGCAGCAGUGGCUUUCAAGGACUCGACAUCCAGCCUCCAGCCGGGCCUCUCUGGAUCCUGGGCGAUGUCUUCAUUCGGCAGUUUUACUCAGUCUUUGAUCGUGGAAAUAACCGCGUGGGGCUCGCCCCAGCAGUCCCUUGAGCAGGGCUCGGUGUCUCGGCCUGUCUACCUGGCAACCCCCGGGCCUGUGAGGUUAGGGCAUUCUCUACACCUGUCAGCAGGGCCUUUCCCACAGAAAACAGUUGUUCCCAGAAUUGCAACUUGAAUUAGGACAAAUGGAGCAUGAGAGCACACACACAC